AUGACUUAUAAAACCUUCACAUUCCCACAGUUUCCUGAGGUGACUGUCUUCGCAUCUUAUUACCUGGGAAUAUCUUCGGAAACAUUGAAGACAGUAAAGUCAGAGCUUGUUAGCGGCAACAAGGAAUAUGACUACUGUUUUGUUAGUACUACUCAUCUCAUUUCCUUAGAACAACUCUGUUGCAGUCUACAUCGCUCUAUCCAAAACAGGGAGCUCCAGAGAAUGAAAGCAAAGACGAUAAACACAGAGAUCUUAUACAACCUCUCGCCCACAAAUAAUAUCAAUGAGGCGUUGAAACGCUUUGGCGUGGAUGAGACUAGAUCUGAUAUCAUUGUGCUCAAAGUGUUGCAAGCAGCGGACGCUACAAAAUCUGCUCUUGAAACGAUUGACUCCGAUUUGAGAAGUCUCUUAGGUGGAGACUCCACGCGGAAUAUUUCUGAUUCGACAUUACGCGAGACAGUUGAUCUAAAAAAGCUUUUUAAAUUGUUCAAAAUUCAGGCCGUCAAUGAUGAUGCAGCUGAUGCACAGCUUCGAUAUUCGAAUGAUGCUAUAGCAGCCAGUCUAUUGAGGGGAUGCUAG